AUGCCCCAAACCAUGACUCCUCCUCCUCCCAUCUGUCCCUUGUUGAGAAUAACAGGUUCACCUUUUCUUGACCAUGUACAACACCCCUUUCUUUGUACAGUUCGAACACUGACGUCAAGUUCACACUUCUCCUUUACUUUCUUCGCUGUCACCUUUUCUCCAGAUGAUAACAACCUCUUUAUUUUUCUAUUUACCUGUCCACUCCGGUCUGGAUCUGACUUUCUUUCACCCUCCCUCUUUCUUUUCUUCUUCUAUCGCCCUCUCUUGCUCUUUUUUCUCUUCCUAUCGCCCUCUCGCUUUCUUUUCUUCCUUUCGCCCUUACUCUUUCUUUUCUUCUCCUAUCCCCCUCCCUCUUUCUUUUCUUCUAUCCCCUCCUCUUUCUUUUCUUCUAUCCCCUCCUCUUUCUUUUUUCUUCUAUCCCCCCCUCUUUCUUUUUUCUAUCCUAUCCCCCUCCUCUUUCUUUUUUUCUAUCCCCUCCCUCUUUUUUUUUUCUAUCCCCCUCCCUCUUUUUUUUCUUCUCCUAUCCCCCUUUUUUUUCUUCUCCUCCUAUCCCCCCCCUCUUUCUUUCUUCUCCUCCUAUCGCCCUCCCCUUUCUUUUCUUUUCCUCCUUUCACCCUCCCGCUCUCUUUUCCUCCUUUCACCCUCUCGCUCUCUUUUCCUCCUUUCACCCUCUCGCUCUCUUUUCCUCCUUCACCCCUCCCUUUCUUUUCCCUCCUUUCACCCUCCCGCUCUCUUUUCCUCUUUUCACCCUCCCUUUUCUUUUCCUCCUUUCACCCUCUCGCUCUCUUUUUCCUCCUUUCACCCUCUCGCUCUCUUUUUCCUCCUUUCACCCUCUCCUUGCUCUCUUUUCCUCCUUUCACCCUCUCUCUCUCUUUUCCUCCUUUCACCCUCCCCUUUCUUUUCCUCCUUUCACCCUCCCGCUUUCUUUUCCUCCUUUCACCCUCUCGCUCUCUUUUCCUCCUUUCACCCUCCCGCUUUCUUUUCCUCCUUUCACCCUCCCGCUUUCUUUUCCUCCUUUCACCCUCUCGCUCUCUUUUCCUCCUUUCACCCUCUUACUCUCUUUUCCUCCUUUUCUGA